AUGAAUUCAGAUCUGGAGGCCAUUUCUCUGUCUGUGCCCUCUCUCAGCCAGCCCCUGGAGAUGAUGAUGGUGAUGAUGGGAGGCAGUGAUGGAGAAUCCAGUGCUGGGAAUAAUUCUGGUGCUGGGGCUUUCUGGCAGGACCCCUCCAACUGUAAGAGUGCCAACCCCGGGCUGAUCAGCUUGCCCUCGGACGGGGUCGCACUGCUGACCCCGGGGAAAUGCAAGAGCCGAGCCGUGACAGUGGCUUAUGUGAGGAACUCCGAGACCAGCCAGCCUUCAAGCCCGGAGAACAUGGCACUACAGUGUCUGAAGGAUGCCUGCGACAUUGUGGGCUGUAAACUAGAUGUGGUGCCCUUUGGGAAGCUGGACUUUGGCGAAACAUCAGUUCUUGAUCACUUUUAUAACGCAGAUAUUGCAGUGGUUGAAUUGACGGAUGCAUUUCGGCAGCCCUCCCUCUUCUAUCAUUUGGGUGUGAGAGAGAGUUUCUGCAUGGUCAACAACAUCAUCCUUUACUGUGAUCACAACUCGGACUCGCUGCAGUCUCUCCAGGAUUUGAUUUGUCAGAAGAAUAUGACCUGCGCUGCUAACUACACGUUUAUCCCGUACAUGGUGACGCCUCAGAGUAAGGUGUACUGCUGCGAGAGCAGUCUGAUGAAGGGUUUGAGUGAACUGAUGCAGCCCAGCUUUGAGGCCCUGCUGGGGCCCAUCUGUAUGCCUCUGCUGGACAGACUCACACAGCUGCUCACCGGCUGCAAGUCAAACACUUGCCAGUACUUCCGUGAGACCGUCCUGAACGAGAUUCGUAAAGCGCGUGAGCUUUACACUGGAGCAGAGCUGGCGGCAGAACUCCGGCGCAUCCAGCAGCGGCUCGACAACGUGGAGUGUCUCUCAGCAGACGUCGUCAUCAAUCUCCUGCUGUCAUACAGAGAUAUUCAGGAUUAUGAAUCUAUUGUGAAGUUAGUUGAAACACUGGAAAAGCUGCCGACCUUUGACCCCGUGGCCCAUCCUCAUAUAAAGUUCCACUACGCAUUUGCCCUCAACAGGAGAAACCUACCUGGAGACCGUCAGAAGGCGCUGGACAUUAUGUUGCCAUUGGUCAACUCCGAUGAGCAGGUGGCGUCAGAUAUUUAUUGUUUGGUAGGCCGUAUAUAUAAGGAUAUGUUCCUGGACUCUCAUUUCACAGACACAAACAGCAGAGAUCAAGGCAUACACUGGUUCAGAAGAGGGUUUGAAUCGGAGCCCACGCUGCACUCUGGUAUCAACUAUGCAGUGCUGCUGCUGGCUGCAGGACAUCAGUUUGACUCCUCUUUUGAGCUGCGUAAAGUAGGUGUGAAGUUAAGCAGCCUGCUGGGGAAGAAAGGCAGUUUGGACAGAUUGCAGAGCUACUGGGAUGUGGGAUUCUUUCUCGGGGCUAGUAUUCUGGCCUGUGACAACACUCGAGUCAUCCAGGCCUCUGAGAAGCUCUUCAAAAUCAAAGCUCCCAUUUGGUAUCUGCGCUCGCUGGUUGAAACCAUCCUCAUUUAUAAGCACUUUACCAAAGUAAGCACAGAUCCGCAGGCCCCUAAACAGGAGCUGGUGGACUUCUGGAUGGACUUCAUGGUAGAAGCCACCAAUAAGGAUAAGGAUGUGACAUCUGUGCGAUUUCCGGUGUUGAUAUUGGAGCCCACUAAAGUAUACCAACCGUCCUACCUCUCCAUAAACAAAGAUGCUGAGGAGAACACGUUAUCCAUCUGGCACGUGACCCCUGAUGACAAAAAAGGAAUCCACGAGUGGAAUUUCAGUGCAGCGUCUGUACGAGGUGUGAGCAUCUCCAAAUUUGACGAGCGCAGCUGUUUUCUCUAUGUUGUGAACAACUCUGAAGACUUCCAAAUUUAUUUCUGCACAGAGAUGCACUGCAAGAGGUUCUGUGAUCUGGUGAACACUCUCACUGAGGAGGCCUGGAAAGGCUCGGAUGAGAACGAGUGUGAAUCUGAGGCUUUAGAGUAUGAUUAUGAGUACGAUGAGCAUGGAGAGAAGGUGAUUCUGGGUAAGGGCACCUUUGGAGUUGUCUACGCUGGCCGUGACCUCAGUAACCAGGUGCGCUUAGCCAUCAAAGAGAUACCUGAACGGGACAGCAGAUAUUCACAGCCUCUGCAUGAAGAAAUCGCCCUGCAUAAACACCUCAAGCACAAGAACAUCGUGCAGUACCUCGGCUCCAUCAGCGAGAACGGCUUCAUCAAGAUCUUCAUGGAGCAGGUUCCUGGAGGCAGCCUGUCAGCAUUGCUCCGGUCAAAGUGGGGUCCUCUAAAAAACAAUGAGCCCACCAUUGGCUUCUACACUAAGCAGAUUCUGGAUGGUCUUAAAUACCUGCAUGACAACCAGAUCGUUCACAGGGACAUUAAGGGGGAUAAUGUCUUGAUAAACACCUACAGUGGAGUUUUGAAAAUCUCCGAUUUUGGAACGUCCAAACGUCUGGCUGGAAUAAACCCCUGCACUGAAACAUUUACUGGUACAUUACAGUAUAUGGCCCCUGAAAUCAUAGAUAAAGGACCCCGUGGCUACGGUAAGCCAGCAGACAUCUGGUCCCUGGGUUGCACCAUUAUAGAAAUGGCCACUGGGAAACCACCCUUCUAUGAGCUGGGGGAACCUCAGGCAGCUAUGUUCAAGGUUGGGAUGUUUAAAAUCCACCCGGAGAUUCCUGACUCCAUGUCGUCUGAAGCCAAAGCCUUUAUCCUGCGCUGCUUUGAGCCUGAUCCAGACAGCCGAGCCACGGCCAACGAUCUGCUCACCCAUGAGUUCCUCACCGUCACAUCCCGCAAAAAACGAUCCAAGACCAGCAGUUUCACAGCUCUUACACCUGGGUCCGAGUAUCUGCGCAGCAUUUCUCUGCCUGUUCCCGUGGUGGUGGAGGACACCAGCAGCAGCAGCGAGUACGGCUCCGUCUCACCCGACAAUGAGCUCUGCACAAACCCCUUCAACUUCAGGCCCAGCAGCAGCAGCAAGAGCUACAGCGAGAGGGAGGUCAAAGGUCAUCGCUCGCUCUUCUUGAGUAUUCCUGUGGAGAACUUUGAAGACCACAGCGCACCGCCGUCCCCGGAAGAGAAGGACUCCGGGUUCUUCAUGCUGAAGAAGGACAGUGAAAGAAGAGCGACUUUACACCGGAUCCUGACUGAGGACAGAGAGAAGAUAGUGCUUCACCUGUUGGAGGCGCUCACACAGGGGUCUGAGGAGACCAAACUGAAGCACCAGCAUAUCUCCACACUCGUGGCAAGCCUGGGAGAUUUCGUGAGGAUGGCAGACAGAAAAAUAAUCUCCAGCACACUUUCUCAGCUCAAACUGGAGCUGGACUUUGACAGCACAGCCAUCAGCCAACUGCAGGUGGCGCUCUUCGGCUUCCAGGAUGCGGUGAAUAAAGUCCUCCGCAACCACAACAUCAAGCCACACUGGAUGUUUGCCCUGGAUAACAUCAUUCGAAAGGCUGUGCAGACUGCCAUCGUCAUAUUGGUACCUGAAUUGCGUCCACACUUCACACUGGCAUCAGAGAGUGACCCCGCCGAGCAGGAGGACAUCGAUGAUGAUGCAGUUCCUCAGGGAAACGCUGCACUAAAGGACAUGGCACCAGCACUCGUUCAUCACGACGACACUGUGGCCACGUCUGGAGUGAGCACGCUUAGUUCAACAGUUUCCCACGAGUCGCAGAGCGCGCAGAGGUCUAUCAGCAUGGAGCUGGGUCGCAUGAAGCUAGAAACCAAAAGGUUGUUGGAGGAAUUAGUAGAAAAGGAGCGAGAAUAUCAGGCCAUCCUGCAGCAGGUCCUAGAGGACAGAGAACAGGAGAUCAAACUAUUAAAGUGUCGAACCGGACCCAUCGAUGCGCCCGUGCAGCUCGUGAACACCCGCAGCUCAUUGGAUGGAGACGGAGACCUGCAACUUCUGGAGUGGCUCAAACUCCACGGGGCUGAUGCUGAUUCCAUAGAGAGGAUAAUAGCUGAAGAUUACAGUCUUGAUGACAUCCUUCAUUAUGUCACCAGAGACGAUUUGAAGACUUUGAGGUUACGAGGUGGAGUCCUGUGUAAACUGUGGAGCGCCAUCACAGAGCACAGAAAAAAGCCCGGCUGA